GCCAUAAGUAGAUUAUUUAAAAUUGAACUUUUCUGAGCAAUGCUUUGACAUGGUUCCCAUUUAUCUGACAAGUCACCAGAAACUUCUUUUUAAACAGUUUAUAUCUAAAAAGGACAGCUUUCAAGGUUUCCAUAGCCUGAACAUAACAGACUCCAGCCUGGAAGGAACCUUUUUGGGGAGAGACUUUUGUUUCCUUGAAUUAGCAGAAGACUUUGAAAUUGACUACACAUUGUUAAAUCUUUGCUUGGGAUCUAGUAAAAACGUAUAUAGUUUAUCUGACACAGUAGAGUUUAUCUUUUCACAUUUGUCAUUCCUCAUAAAAGAUAUCGACCAGACUUUUUGUGACUUUGACCAGCAGAAAACCUUGGCUGACAUACUCAAGGCUGAAAUGCAGUCAGCGGAAAUGGAAACACUUCAACUCUGCCCCUGUGGCAAGAAUGGCUUCCCUUCAGACAAUCUGGUCAGAUUCUUUAUGGACCCAAUGGGAGAAAUUGGAUGCUUGUAUAUACCUCUCAGCAUCUUUGAAGGGGCACUGAAACUUCAAUCAAAUUUGGAAAAGGGAGCGCUGAACUUUAGACCUGCUUUAAAUGUGCAGAGUGGCAACUGGCACAAGGAACACUUUCCAUCUGCAAGAAAGAAUACAAAGAACUUGGAACAAGAAAAAAGUAGAUAUCUCAUCAGUCAAUGUUGCUGUAUAGUUCCAUCAAGUUGGUUGAAGAUGUGGAGUGAAAGAUUAUUAAAAUAUUCAUAAUCAAAGCUUGGAGAGAUAAUGGAAAUAUUUGAGGACAAAAUUAAGAUUUCAAGAAGAUGAAUGAUGGCUAGAAACAAUCAAAUAGUCCAGCUUCCAAAAGGAGAGAAAGAAGAUAAAAAGGAGUGAGAAAAAUGUCAAAGAAAUAAGAGAUGAGGGAAAUUCUAACUCAAAGAAAGGGAUUCUGUGAAAGGGGAUCGAACACGGGAGAAUGGCAGAGGAAAUCCCCAGGAAUGAUAACAAAGAGAAAUCUUAAGUUUUGAAGCAACAGUGUUCCAAAAGGGCUAUAUCUUAUUUUUCUUAUUAUAGAAAGUUAAUGUAUAAUAUCCAAAAUUUAAAAAUUGAGAUUUAAUAAUAUAAACUUGUUAUUUGGGAAUAUAAGGUAAAUAUCAGGGGAAACAUUGAAGAGAACCAAAAUGAGUUUCCUCUGGGGAAUGACAAGCGAGAGUGAAAAGGGGUGAGAAUGGGUGGCAUAGGGUAACGCUGUUUUCUAUUAUGAGCCUUGGUGAAUUAUUAGAUCCAUUAAACUCUGUAAAUGUCUUUAUUAUUUGCUGUAUUUGCUGUAUUUAUAGUGAUAAAUGAUAUAAAUAACUUUUUAAAAGAAGCUGAAUAUUUGUAACCACGAUUUGCAUUUUCAACUGCAUGUGAACCAGAAUGGUAAGGAAAUUCUAUUAUUUGUGCUAGUUGACUUACUGGAAGGUGGUUUAAAGAAAUGGCAUUCUUAAAUUGAGAGACAAAGGUCAAAGACAAGCAAUGCCUUCGCUGUUAAAACGUAUAUCAUGAAGCACAAAUCCUUAACGGCAUACAGUGGCAGUCCAUGGGGAGUGAGGAGUAGUGCCUUUGGUUUGUAUCUGUGACUUAUUGCUAUGACAUGACACUAUUACAUUUUGGUUUUUAGCAUUUUUAAAGAGGAAGUAAUAGUUAUGAGAGAUGAAGAACUCAGAAUUAAGUACUGUAGUUAUACACAGAAGGGUAAUUUGGUUUUGAUGUAUUGGCCUGCGCCUGUUAACUAAUAAUACCAAAUUUUAAGUAGCAUCUCACCAGUAUGAAAAAAAGGUUGCAUCAUUAUUAAUGUCUAAACUAUAGUGUGUUUCACACAGGAUUAUGGUAAAGGUCAGGCCAUGUUUCUCUGAAUUAAAAGCUAUUCUGAGCUAUCGCAUUCCUAAUCAACUCAGACCUAAAGGUGCAUAGCUCAGUUAUAAUGAGGCACAAUAAAUUUAAAUAAACUGCAAGAUACUGUAUAGUGAUUUAUAUGUGCACCGUGGUAUCCUUUUAACUCAUUAGCAAUGAAUGAUACUAUGUGUUUGCGACUGCUUUUUUGCUGUAUAACUAUUUUUUAAUCACAAUAUUUCUUAGGAAAAGUGCCUUAUGCUCCCAUUUUCUUUCUGUAUGUGUAAAGUGAAAGGCAAAGGGUGCUCCUGGCAUGUACUCAAACAUGAGUCACAGCAGAAAGAAACUGUCAAAUAUCCAUCCAAAUAAAUUUCAUAAAUUAACAAUU